AUGUAACUACAAGAUUUUUAAAAAAGAAAUCGCAUGAUAAUAUUUAUAUCGUUGGUAUUUCAGUCCAGCUGUACGACUGCUCAUAAUCAUAACCAUUUCAAGGAAUGAUUUUGAAUUUUUGCGGGUUUUACAAAUCUGUAGUCGUGAAGUGAAAAUAGAAAAAUGGCGCCAGAAUGUAAAAACAUGCAAUCGCAUAAGCAUGAUUAGGUAACUUGACAGAAAGAAUGCGUUUCAGAGGGAAAAUAGCUGAUAUAGGCUGUAUACAACAUUUUACAAGAAUCAUUGGGACGCUUUCAAAGCUGAUUAAAGUAUGUGUGUUGAGAAUUACCCCAAGUAACUGGUAUUUCAUUUUGUCAGAGAAGUUGGUCAGUGGAGGAGUUCAUAUCUGGUGUGAAUUGCCACAGGGUCAUUUCUUUGAUGAAUAUGCAUUAGAGGGUGUUUCUGAAGAAGCUAAUGAAAUAUUUCUAGAGCUUGCACCUGAAAACUUGACAAGAGCCUUGAAAACUGCCCAGAAUGCCAAGUGGAUUAAAAUCAAGCUAACAAAGAAACACUCUCCUUGUCUCACAUUUGAAGUUGAUCUGCCCACGCUCUCCUCUCACUCCCGGACAGUGGUACAUGACAUCCCGGUGACGGUGAUUCCACGCAGACACUGGGAGGACUAUGAGGAGCCGGAGGUACCCCAGUUUGAUGUAACUAUUGCCAUGCCUCAACUGAAGAUAUUGAAAAAUGUUGUGGAUAAGAUGAAGAACCUUAGCAAUUAUGUGAUUCUCUCAGCAAAUCAAAAUGGAGAAAUGAAAUUGAUGGUUGAAACUGACAUGGUGUCAGUUUCCACUCAUUUCAGAGACCUGGUGAAUCCCGUCAACAAAGACAGAGUCCCAAGCUCACAGAGCAGUGAUGCCCCCGAGCCUGAUCCUCAUCAGUUUGCUGAGGCCCGCAUUGACAUCCGCAAGUUUGCUCAGUUUCUAACUGGACAACAAGUCAACCCAACUAAAGUAAUCUGUAAUAUUGCGAAGAAAAAAGUUGUUCACUUUUUUCUUCUACAUGAUGAUGUGUCUUUACAAUAUUUUAUGCCAGUCGUUUCAUCCUAGCAAAAUUGUAUCUGUCUAUGAGAAAUAAAUAAUUUAUGUU